UUAACAGCCUGCAGAUCUCACCUUAUCAGAGUUCUUAACAUGGCGUCAGGUUUCACCACCACUGGCCGCCUUCGGGUAGUGCGAAACGCUGGAGAUACUGCUCAGAGCGGCAUAGACAUCAUUCUAAUUCCUGGCAUCGGAACUACCUUGCCGGAGAAUUGGCCGUUCGCUGACCGGGAAUGGUUGGCGACUUUACCAGGUGCCCCGGGUGGACCGCGCAUACUCGCAUAUGAAUAUGCCUCGCCUUUCGUGGGCGCAAAGCCAUCAUGGGAGUCGCUUUUGAUGCUGGGCUAUGACCUUCUGCAGCACAUUAGUGACGCGCGAUCGCCGACAGACUCGGAUCGGCCAAUCCUGAUUGUGUGCCACAGUCUGGGUGGCAGUAUAGUCAAGCAGGCGUUAUGCGUUGCCAAUAAGCAAUUUCCCCGGUAUGGGUCAAUUGUGAAUGCCAUAGCUGGAGUCAUGUUUCUGAGCACCCCGCAUCGAUAUGGCGACAAAAACACAACUCUGACUCGGUUCCGAGAUGUCCUGGAAGCAACGACAGGAAAGGCAUUGAAGAUACCAAGUGCCAGUAUAGAACAGGAAGGUGCCAUGCUGCUCAAUCUGGCCGAUAGAUUUGAAGAGAUCUCACUUCGUACUCCUAUCUUGUCUGUUUAUGAACUGCGGGAAUCGAAAAAUAGCUCGACGCCGUUACUUCCAAAGCACCAGCAGUUGGUCAGCCGUGAUGCAUGUUCAACGCAUGCUCCAAUGGAAACUGUCAUUGGUCUCAAUCUCAAUCAUCACGAUACCUGUCUGUUCACGAAGAGUAUCGGAGGUGAAGGCCUACCAGAUUUGCAUAGGUUUAUUUACGAGACAUUGAAUGAUGCCGAACGUGUUGUCGCACUCAGACUUGAAGACCAGGAAUAUCAAUAUGCCACCAUGAGCGCCUACUCCCCUACAAUGAGCGAAAUGCCACUUAAAAUGGAAGCCUUGGAAUUUGCCGAAUGCCCAUCAAACGAAUCCACCGAAUGGCCUUCGAACAAGGCAACAGAGGGAACAUCUCUUUCAGGCUUCGAGCUCGUAUAUCCUACAACAUCUAGUGCUGACACUCGAAAGACACUCCAUCUGCCAUGUUUUCUGAACAUGCACUCACUGAACGAAGAUUUCUGUGGCCGUGAAGAUAUUUUGGAACGUCUUGCGGCGGAGCUUUUGCCUGCGAAGACCGUAGUAACAGCAUCGAGCACCCCUCUCCGGCAAUAUGCACUCUGUGGGUUUGGAGGCAUUGGAAAGACUGAGUUAGCCCGGGAGUUUUCCCGACGCUAUAAAGACUCCUUUGACGCGGUAUUCUGGGUCGUGGCGGAUGAGAUCGCCAAGCUCGACUACCAUUAUCAGCAAAUCUCGCUAGCGCUUGGGCUAGAAGACGCAACUGAGUGCAAGAGCCAGGUUGUUAGCAGGGAAAUUGUAAAAGGAUGGCUUUCUAGUCCGCGAAAGAGCUUGUCUGAGUCUGAUGAGUUUGUUCAAGCUGACCAAGCCAACUCAGAAGCAUCUUGGCUACUCAUAUUUGACAAUGCCGAUGAUCCAAUGCUUCUGGCUGACUAUUGGCCUCAGGGCAGUGGAUCAAUUCUAGUGACUAGUCGGGACCCACUGGCCAAAAGCAUGUUCACAAGAAGGCCUUCAGGCAUGGACCUUUCUCCACUUUCGCAGCAAGACAGCCUGACUCUCUUCAACCACCUAACUACAGCUUUCAAUCAGGGUGAAGACGACACAGCACAGCAAAUAUCAGGUAUACUUGGUGGUAUCCCUCUAGCCAUUUCUCAGAUGGCAGGGAUAAUCCGACGACAGGAUCUCACCUUAUCAGAGUUCUUUGAGUUAUACACAGACCACGAAGAGCAUGCUAGUCUUUACGAGACAAAGUUUGACACGAACAUAACUACAUACCGCCACUCUUUGUCUACUGUUUGGGCAUUCGAAAAGCUAAAACCACAAGCCCGCCAGCUCUUGGAGCUAAUUUCAUUCCUGGACCCAGACGUUAUUGGGGAGGAAUUAUUGGUGGAAGCGUCGAUGGAAUUGCUUUCGGAUGGAGGACACUUCAAGAAGAGCAGUUACAUCGACGCAAGAGCCGAUCUACUACAAUCCUCCCUCCUUCAACGGGAUAAGCAAAAGCAGCAGGUAUCAGUCCACCGCAUUGUCCAGGAUGUUAUUCUGUCAACAAUGGACGAUACGAAAAAACGGGAUUUGUUUGACAAAGUCGUGCGACUCCUUUGGGUAGGAUGGCCAUCGGCAAUGCCUACACCAUCCAAAGAGCCGGUUUUACCCCAGCCAAAAUCAACGGGCGGCAGACUAUCCGUUAGCAGGUGGCCUGUCUGCGCGGCAAUCUAUCCUCACGUCCUACGGAUACAUCAGCUGUGGUCAACAAUCCCACAUCCAUCGGAGGUGGCUAGCUUGCUUUUUGCGAAGCUUCUGAAUGAGGCGGCAUGGUAUCAAAAAGAGCGCGGCCGAACAAAGCACUUCGACGGCUUUUUCGACACGGCCCAGACUAUCUGCGAAUCUUCAUCACACCCCGAUCGAGACUCCGUUCUCGCAGACAUUUACUUCUGCUUAGGAUCAAUAUCCAUGGACACGAGCGACUUCAACGCCAGUCGAAUCUACAAAGAACGCUCCCUAGACCUAGUGGCCAACAUCUGCCAAACACUGGGAACUGCAGACGAGAGGCUCUAUCUCGCCUACGCAGAGCGCGGUAUCUCACGAAUCCAAGAUAAGCGGUACGAAGAGGGCGAAGCCGACAUCAAAGAGGCGCUGCGGAUCCGCAAAGCUCUCGGAAACUACAUCCCACGAUCGGGCGAGGCCAAUUUGAGCUGGGCGCUUCUUGCGCAGGGGAAGCUUAACGAGUGCAACGCUCUGCUGAUGGAGAGCCUGGCCGGGAGAGAAAAGGCGUUGGGGAAGGAUGAUAGGGACUCUGUUCGUACGGGGUUGAUACUUUACGUACUUGGGAACCUUCGUGCGGCGCAGGACCAAUGGGAUGAGAGUUUCUCAUAUCACCAGAGAGCAUGGAGCCAUAUGCGUGCAACAGUUGGCGAUCGUGACUUUUACACUGCAACUGUCGCACAUAAGAUUGCUCAACAUUUAGUGCGCUUGGGUCGGAGCGAAGAGGCGAUCUCGAUGCUCAAUGGCGCAUUAGAUGCCUGGUCUGUUGAUCCUAACGCCCAUAAGAAUGAGAUUGCUCGCUCUACUUUCCUCAAAGCUAAAAUCUUUGAGACGACUGGCAAGACGCAAAAGGCUUCCAUUAGUCUUCGAGUUGCGGCUCGCUUGAGGAAAGAGAUCACCAACGUGGACAAAGAUGCGAAGACCCUAAAAGAGGCAGAUUUCGACGAGAUUGUUGCCUUUUGGGCUCAUUGAUCAGGAAUUUCUUUUGUUUUCUUUUAUGCGUUAAAUAAUUUGUUCAUGACAAUUGGAUUACUUUUAGCUAUGCUUUCAGGAAACACGAGACUCUACUAGCG